AUUAAAGAAACAUAUUUACAGUAUCAUUGUUCAUAAAAUUGGUAUUUUGAUUUGCUUGGAAUUCGGGGCUUUCUUCUGUUCAAGACAUUUGCGCCUAAAUCGGAAUUGGGUGGUGAUUAGUCGGUGGAAUAAUAUUUUUUUUUUUAACUCAGAGUGGCGGUAUGAUUGAUUGAUUGAGUGAGUGAUCGAUUCAACUAACUCAUAACAUUGAGAUUCUAUUAUCUGACUCUCUAGAGGUUAUUGGAAGUAAUUUGCAUAUAAACGCGGUGUGAAAAGACAGGCAAGCAUUUCACGACGUGAUCCUGGCUCGCAGCGUACGUGAUGGUGCACGAGUGGGCCCACUACCGUUACGGUGUUUUCGACGAGUACGGCAACGCUGACGACAGCCGGUAUCCACUCACUUACUGCGACCGUGGAAAGGUGAAGCUUAACGCUUGCUCGAGCAGGAUUGUCUUCACCGCAAGGAGAGCCGACGGAGGAAAGUGUGAAAUCGAAGACAAGUGUCGUUUUGCCAAAGGCUGUGUGAUCACUUUGCAGCAACCAAGCUGGAAUCCCGUCGAGUCAUCCAUCAUGUUCAUGCCAUACCUGGCCAACGUGAGCCAAUUCUGCGACGAUAGAGAUGGGCCCAACGCCCACAACCCAUUCGCCCCAAGCAAGCAGAACGACCUCUGCAAGCAACAAUCCACCUGGAAAGUUAUCAGUGGAAACGCGGACUUUCAGAAACUUUCCGCAUCAGAUCCGUCGAAGUCCAUCCACGUGGCCUACGAAGAAGCUCAGCAAAAGGAAGACCUGGCGCCGCGCGUCGUCCUUGUGCUGGACGUUUCGGGCAGCAUGAAGGAGUACAGACGACUAGACUUUCUUAAGGAAGCUGCGACACGCUACAUUGGCGACAUCAAAGACGGCUCGCGUCGACUGGCCAUCAUCGAGUUCAGUUACCGCGCCAAAGUGGUGCGCACUCUGAUGCCAGUGAACGUAAACACAAGAACUGGGUUCCUGAACGCCACACGCGGAUUGAAACCAAAAGGAUAUACCUGCAUCGGAUGUGGCCUCGAGAGGGCCCUAGAGCUACUGACGACCGCCAAUGAGACGCCAGAGGGCGCCACAAUCCUGCUCAUGAGUGACGGGGAGGAGAACAGAAGCCCGCAUAUUGUCAAAUUGCUGCCCCGGAUUGUCGCCUCGAAAGUCGUGGUCAGCACGCUGGCUCUGGGAGCCACAGCCGACCACAGACUCGAAAGUCUGGCCACUUCGACGCGUGGCAAAGCGUUCGCCUUCCGCGACCUGCAGGGAAACAUCGUGGACGAAAUGGAGUCUGCCUUCGUGUCAUCCACGACGAGCCAACAUGACCCCGUGCCCCGAGCUCACACGGUAUGCGUAAUUGAAUAACUGAUUUGUUUAAAUACAUAUAUAUGAGAAAAGUAGUUAUUCGGAUCUGCUGUUUAUCUAUAUCUAUAUAUUUAUAUAUUUAUUCAUUCAAUUACCCUCCAGGCCCUUAAGAGAUUGGAGAGAGAAGAGGGUACAAGGUCAAUAAAUACGAUACGACAGUCGCAUCAAUAGAAAAAAUGCCAUAAAAUGGAAAACCAUAGAAGGAGUGACGCAAUUCGGUAGCUGUCCAUACAUUCACACACACACACAUAAAAAAAAAAAGAAAGGCGGUUCCGCUAAAAUUGUUGAAAAGAGAAAAUUCCACCCCAUCCUCAGUCUGGGCGUACUAUUAGCGAAGGAAGCUGGCCAAUGGUAAAAAGCAUUUACUAAUGAGAAGCUUUCUGAAUUUGGUCCAAUGUUUUUAACAGCAAUUCCAGAAUAAUUAUUCUCUACAACGAAGGCACCUCUGUGAUUCAGCAUUGAUGCCUGA